AUAUUGGCCUCAACCCCAAACAGGCUCCCUCAGGACGGUUGUUGAUGUUUCAUAGACAUUGAACUGAAUUAUACGACUUGUCAUUGACUUUGUGGAUACAGGAACACCAUUUGUGAAGUCUGAAAUGUUUGUGACUUAUGUUGAUGAGUGUCCAUAAUGUUCUUUAAGCGACAUAUGCGAUUAUUUGCAUUUAAAGAAAGCUGCCGACGGUUUGGUGAAAUUGAAGCAGUUGUGGAACAUACAUGAUGUAUGAGAUCGUUAAUACAGUAACCUCAAGACUAGUUUCCAGUGAUCGAUAGUAACAAUUGCAAAUGCAUGGACAGAUAUAGUGUUGCGAUACUUUAUCUAAAAAAUCUUAACUGGUUUAAUGAUCCAAGUAGAAAUAUGACAUCUGCUUCCCAUGGAUGAGGUAUCCAACUUUCAACACUUGGCUUACCUUUUAGCUACGAAUUUAUAAGCCUGAAAAUGUGAUUGUAUGGAACCAGACCUACGAAACAGCAAAUAGCUUUUAAUCUGGUUUGAAGAAAAGAAGUACUGUAUAUGGAAUUAUAUCAUCAAAAAUGGACUAUCCACAGGAAGUUCAAGAUAAACUUAAUCAUCUGCGCACAUACGUCCCAUUUGUGGAGCGUAUGAUUUCAAAACUAGAAGCACGUUCACAACAAAUUGGGACAAGCUAUGGCCAAUUAGAACGACUACAUGGUCUUCACGGGUUUUUAACAAAGCCAAUACCAAGAGCGCCGAGAAUGGAGAUGUUAGAGAAGAUGGAAGCUGUUAUACGCAGCAUGCAUGAAAAGGUUCAGAAAGCCCAGGGGAAACCUGUAGCCGGAUCUAGUCCUAAAACGGAUAUUGGUUCUAGUGGCUCUGAGCAAAGUCAUUCUGGACCUGAACCAAGUCAGUCUGGUACUGAACGAAAUCAUUCUCGACCUGGUUCGAGUUACACUGAACCUGAAACAAGCCAAUCUGGAAUGAGAAAAAAUCUUUCUGGCCUAGAAUCGGGUCAUAAAUCAGGGCAUAGUUUUGGCCAUGUACAUGGAGGUGCUGGUAGAUCUUCUUCUGGACGUGGUGCGAGCCCAAUGCAACAACCCAAAUCAUCACCAGUGGCAAAAUCCACAUCAAUGGAAUGGAAAAGUACAAGAGAUCCUAGUGGAAGGGAAGUAGAAAAGCCAAGGGACCUGGGACAUAAUGAAAGAAUGAGAGAGAGAGGAAAGGAGAUUUCUAGGGAAGGUAGCUAUGAAAGAAAUCGAGGAAGGGAGUUUGAUCGAAAUGAGUCAAGACGUGUUGAGAGAAACAGAGAACGUGGAACUGAAAGAAGUCGGGAAAAAGAUCACGAAAGUAGAAGAUCCAAAGAUUUUGAAAGAAAACGAGAUCAUGAUUUUAACAGACAUAGAGGAAUGGAUCGGAGUACUGAGAGAGAUGGGAGAAUUAGAUCGACAAAUGAAAGAGAAUAUGAGAGAAACCGAGAUAGAGGAAGCAGUUCCAGAGAUAAGGAACAUGAGAGAGAAAAGAAACGUGAUACUUCCAGAGGGAACAGUGCUCAGGAUAGACAGACAGAACGCAACAGGGAGAGAGAGACUCACAGAGUGGAGCGUCAGCAUAGCUUCAAUGAGCAAGAGAAAGGCCAGGAUGGAAAGUUGACUUCAAAGCGGAACAGUCUUCUUGAUCUUCCUAUGCCACCUUCAGCCACUAGCAAUGAAUUACCAUUUCCUUUUGGUGAAAUAGGAAAUAUAUCACAACCAAAUCCUGAAAAAUUCCAGAGCUCUAGAGAGAAGCUUCAAAAACUUUUUGGGAUAUUUGGAGAUUCAUCUGCACCAAAAGAAGGGGAAGCUGGUUCUUCAUCUUCAUCAUCAUCAAGAUCCCGAGGCUGGAGAGAUGAAGUUAGAGCCAGAGGAGACCAGUUUUUUACUCGGCGAAGUUCAAGUCAGUCUACAUCUGAAAUGACAGAUGACAGAGGAGAACAUCGUCACCAAAGACACAGAUCUCAGUAUGAUGAUAAGGCUGCAAGGCCGUCUCAUAGCACAAAUGUGACAAAGGAAUAUUCUCUCAGCCGAAGUAGUGAUUCAAGAGACCAGUCAUGCCAUUGGAAAGUGAGUGGCUCUCAUUCAAACAAUCCUAAUGCUGCUUUACAGCAGACUUCUCACUUGAGAGAAAACCAAGUCACCCCUCGUGAUACACCUUUAUCACCAGACCAGUCUCCUAGUUAUGGAUUAAGUGUGGACACUCCUCAGUCCCCUGAUAUGGAGGCAUCAUUCAGUCCAAUUGUUUCUUCUGAAGAAAAUACACCAGUGAAAACCAUACCUCUUGAAAAUCUUACACAAAAAGGGGUUGAUCUGGAAGCAAUAAAGAAAGCUCUUGCACAGAUCCGUGCUAAUGAGCGACCUAAUGCAAAUACUUCUAAUACUGGACAAGGCCCAUCCUACCGUUAUGAGGAUUUUGUGGGGCCUGCUUCAAAAUCAAAAGUUGAUGAAGAUGAGCCCUAUGAUCCAGAAGAAGUGUGGAACAGCCAGGAUGCAGAAAAAGCGGCGUCUCGGCAUCCUGGUGUCAGGGGUCAGAAGGAUGUUGAUCUUCGGCAGAUACCAAAGAACAUACCUCUACCUCAUGGCUACCAGGCCAAAAUGCAGGAGAGACAGAUUCCCCAUCCUGGUCAAGUGCCACAUAUGAAAGAUGGAGCUACAACUCCUGACUCAGGAAAUGGCAUGAUGGUUUCACUCUCCAAUAUUCCUCUUCCUCAAAGGCAAGCUGCUACUGGUCCAGUUUGUGAUAAACCAACCAGCCAUAUUCCACACAGUCAGUCAGGUAGUACUACCAGCACACAUUCAGUAACUUCUGGUGCUGGUUGGUUUCAAGGUAUUUCCAGUACAAGAUCAAAUGAUUCACAUAGUUUACAAGAAAAUAUAAUUGAUAUAGAUAUGAGACUUCCUCAUCCUCCACCUCCACUUCCCAAAUCACAGCAACCAUCACUACCGAAGUCACUUCAACCUCCAUUACCUACAGCACAGCCACCACUACCACAUCAGCCUCCAUUGCCAAAAUCUACUGCACCCACAUCUUCCACACCACCUCAGCCCCCGUUGCCAAAAUCAGUUAAGCCUCCAUUGCCAAAACCACAUCAGCCACCACCACCUACAAAAUUUCAACCACCAUUACCAAAAUCACCCCCUCCUGAACCACAUCCUUCUCCAAAAUCAUCUAGCUCUCAAGCACAUACCACAAGUAAACCAACAGAGGAGGUACCUGUUAAAGAUGGGCAUAAAUAUGUGGUAAGCAGAUUAGACAGCAUUCGUUCUCGAAUUGCACAUCAAGCUGCUGAACUUAUUAAGCCUGGUCAACAGGGUGUAGCUGCUACUCUAAUGGAAAAGUACAAGUUAAAGAGACAAACAAGUAGUUUACCAGAAGUAAAAUCGCCAACAUAUACUCCAGGCAUAAACACUAAGGAAAAUAUGUCAUCAAAGUCUGACCCAAGCACUAAGAGCAAUGAAUCUAUGUCUGUACUCGACCUACUCUUACCAGAAAAUAAAGCAAACGAUGCAGAAAUGGAAGAAGGUUCUGCAUCUGUGAGAGACCCUCGACAAGUUAAUCAGAAUGUUUCGGCACAACUUCCAAGAGAUCCAAGGUUAAAGCAUCAGGAGUCUCUUACAGAGAAUGAAGCCACACCAAGUGUAUCAAGGAGUCGAGAUCCAAGAUUAUCUACAACUUCAACAACAGGAGGGUUAUCAAGUUUUAGGGACCCAAGGCAACAAACUAAUCGGGAUCCUCGGCAAGAUUCUUCAAAUUUUUCAAGUGGCUUGAUUAGAGAUGGACGAGAUGAUUCUGGGAAUUUCUUUGGUGUGUCUAGUUCUGUAAACAGAGAUCCGAGACAAGAUCCAGGGAAAUUUCCUCUUGCAACUGGGCCUCAGGCUAGAGAUCCAAGGCAUGAUUCAAGCAGUUAUAUUGGAUCCAAAACACCAGCUCGUGACCCUAGACAAGAUUUAGGUAAUUACUCCAGUGGUCCAGCUCGGGGAAGCAGGGAUCCUCGACAAGAAACUUGUAUUUACCCUACUGUGGCAGGAUCCCAGUGCAGAGAUCCACGUAUGACUUCUAGGGGGGAGAGAACAGCAGGAAGUGUUUGGCAGGCACAACAGACACCUGCAUUACCUGUGAAUUAUCCUGUUCAGCCAUCUAAUUCAAGUAUAGGGUCGGUGGACCCUAAUCCGUCUCAGUCUGCCAGUGGGUCCCUGAUUGGACAAACUUUUACAUGCUUGAUGAUGAGAGGUUUGCCUCCUUUUACAAAUUCUAAUCACAUUUAUCACUUCUUUCAGGAAUAUAUCCUACGUGAUAUGUCUAUCGAAUUAGAUAGCCACUACCAGUGUAAGGGCACAGCCUAUGUUCAUUUUCCCAGUCAUGCCAGUGCUCGUGAAGCCUUGGAACUCAUGAAUGGACAUGUUUUACAGGGUUAUCAAAUAUCACUCAGAAUAUGCACGGUUGGAAUUCUACGACAAGCUAAAAAUGCCUAUGAGCAAUUAAACCGCGAUAGAGAGGCUCAAUUACGCAUUCCUGAGCGACCUAGGGGAAAUGGAAAUCCAUUCUUUAAGUCUCGACCGAAAGAAUCUACAGGUAUGCCAUUACAACCCAGUUCUGCCACUGCUUCUUCUGUGACAAGCAUAGAUAAACCUGUUUCAUCAAGCAAAUCACAAGAGCCUGAGAAAGGAUUAAAUGAUAUUAGUGGAAAUACAAACCAGUAUUCAGAGCUUUGUGGAGUUAAAGUACCACCAAAAUCAUCUAGUAAGAUAUUAAGCUUCAAAAUUCCAAAGAUUAGAAAGGAUACACAAAAAAGUGAGAAAAAGGAUACAGCUUGUGAUGAAAGAAAGAGUAAAGUUGAAGGAUCCGAAAAGAAAAAUGCCAAAAAUGAAUCUGUUGCAACAAGCAAUAGAAAGUAUAAAUCCUCGGCAAAGGAUUUAUCUGAGUCUGAUGAUGAUUGGCAAGAUAUAAAAGUAGCAAACAAGAAGAAUAGGAAAUUUAAGAAAAUUGUUAUUCAUUCUGAUUCAGAUUCGGAAGGGGAUGAAAAACUAAAGAAAAAUAAAUCUAGUAGCUCUAAAAGUGAGUCAUUAAGUACUAGCAGUGAUAAGAUUGAUCCUAGCAAUGAUGAUGAUGAUGACGAUGAGGGUUAUAUGGUUAUUGAUGAAACUGUUGUGUCAGAUGCAGAUGAAACUGAAGAAUCUGAAGUAAGCUCACAGGUGUCGGAAGAACCUUUUGAUCAGCCAUUACCUGUAAAGGUAAAAGAAAAGAAGAAAGUUAAGCAAAAAAAGAAAAGCAAAGUUUUUGUUGGUAAACAAAAAGGAAAGAAGAAAGGAACAGGGUCUACUAAAAAUAAAAAGAAAGUACCAACCAAGAAUGGUUCAUCUGCUCGAAAGGUACGUGGUAAGAAAAGUAAAGAUAAAUAUAUAACUGAUUAUGAAACUGACCUGCAUUCUUCUGUGGGCCUCAAAUUAACACGUCAUACCCAGGGUGAACUUGAAGAAUUAAUUCCUGAGAAGAAUAAGCUUAAAGUGUUGAUUCCUGUUCCUCAUAAAUUUGUAAUCACAUUAUGUGCUGAUGAUAAGCUAAAAAAGAGAGGUGGACGACAAAAAAUUUCAGAGGUAUUACAACCAGCAGAAGAUGUGAAGAAAAUAACAGAAACUGCAGCAUCUGUGAAGGUCAAGAUUGAAAUACCAAUUUCCAGUGGCAGCAAUUUGCGAAAAGUUACAAAAGCUUCAAAGCAGAGUGUAAUUCCUGUCGCUAUAACAAAUGAGAAAGAUUGGGAUCAAGCUAAAGAUAGUGACUCAAAUGAUGAAAUGUUCCUUCCAGUUAAUUCCAAAUUAAAUAGUGCACUGAGGAAGGAGGUAGCCAUUGGCACCCCAACCUCUAGAAAAGGUAAGAAAAGGAAAAUAUGCAGCGUUGCAAAUGUCAUGAAUAUUGCUCAGGUGAAAAAAGCAAGGAAAAUAUCUAGUAAUUAUUCACCAGAACAAGAUAACCUUGCUGAUAAAGAUGUGGUCAUUAUUAAGAGCCCUGGAGAAAGCACGAAGCGGGUUUUGACAUCACCAACUAAAGGAACAGAUAGGAAAAAGUCACGCUUGGACAUUCAAGAUUCCUCCUUCAAAAGUGGGGGAGAAAAUACACAUCAAUUUGAUCUUUUUGAGAAUGAUGCCUCAUCCGAUGAACUGCCUGACCUUACUCAGAUUACACCGAGCUUGUUAGAUGUGGACCCAACCAUUUGCAAUGUUUUGCCAAAUGCAUCUGCCCUUGCUAAUGUUUUGAGUCCUCCUCAUGCAAGUCAUCAAAUAACUGAUAAUGUUAUUUCAUCAAAAAGUGACUUGAGUGAUAACUGGUCUCCAGAAAAGUUGCAAAUAAUUGAAGGAAGAUUUUCUUCAAAUGAAUCUGCUGUCACAAAGUCUAAGGAAGAUGACAACGUUUUAGAUGAAAUGAUUGAUAUGGUAAUUGAAAGUGGAGAGGGAAAAUACAAAACUGAUAAGGCAAAUGAUGAUAAACAUGAUCCUUCCAAAGUACACUUUAUUUCUAAAGACUUAAACUCGGUAGAAAAGAAUGAUGCUAUGGAGUCUUCAAUUAUAACUGCUUCUUGUGCUGAUGAAACAAACAGUGCAGAAGGCAAUUACAGAGGCCAGUUGAAAGAAAAGUUAGAAGAUAUAAACUCAAGAAAAGAAGGAAGUGCCAUAGAGCAAACAUCAGCUACAGAAGCAUCUGUAAAUUUGCAGAGGUCAGGUGCUAUGCAGAUCACCAAAAAUAAGAGCAUAUCCUCAGAUGAUACUGGAAAUUUACUUACAAGAGAGUGUCAAGCUUUGGAAGAAAGUAAAGUGAAUGAUGAUGGAAAGGACUUGCCAGCCUUUAAAAAGGAUCAAAGUGAAAAAAGUAACAUUGUUCGUGAAAGUAGUACAGAAACUAUGAAGAUUACUAAUAACAGCAAUGCUAAAUUUGAAACAUCAGUCAAAAUGGAUGUAAAUGGUGGUGAUACUUCAAUUAGCAAUGAAGAUAUUGAUGGUGAUGAUGAUGCAGCUAGUGUGGGGAAAGUGAGUACAAGCAGUUUUGUAGAUGAUGCGUCAGUGGUUUCUAGUGAAGGUCGGGAUCUAAAAACUCCAGAGUCUCAAGUUAAGAAGGGAAAGAGAAGUAAAUUAUCUGUGUCUGUGCCCUCGGUAGAAUGUCGACGAGUGACUCGAGGCUCUGUGGUGGAGCCCCUAACAGCAGAGGUCGUUGAAUGGGAUGAUGGGGGAGUGGUGGAUUUGUUUCAGUGUGACAUGUGUGAUUAUUUUGGCCGACACAUGGCUAAUCACAUAGUUAACUUUCACACAGAUCGAGAAUUACCAUGUGAAUUCAAGAAAGAAGACUUUCCACCUGUGAUAAAGGAUCAUGUUGGUCCUCCUAAGGAAAUAAAUAAGAAAGAGAAUGUUUCACUGAACCUGUGCUGGAUUCCACCUAAUAUGAGUUUUGAGAAAAGUGUUACAUGCAAAGAGUGCGACUACAUAUCUAACAGUCGUUUUGAUUUAAUUUAUCAUGUUUUAGAGCAUUCUCCCAAGGCAGCUUCAUGUGUUUAUCAUUGUCGUCUUUGCAACUACAUGUCUGAAAAAAAGGAAGAAUUUUACAAUCAUGUUUCUAGUCAUACUGGCGAGUAUCGCUACAGCUGUGAACUUUGUGGUCAUCGUACUUAUAAAUUGUCCCUUCUUCAGUCACAUCAUACAGAAUGCCACCAUAACCAACCAGAGAAAUUCUUCAUAUUAGGAAUGAUUGAAGAAAAUGGUUGGCUGUACAUCCAUGUUUGUAAAGUAUGCAUGUUUGUUAGAAUUGGCUUAGGUGCAGCUGAAGAGCAUGUGAAACAUCGUCAUGGAGGUAAAGCAGAUAUUCACAAGGCCAACAUGAGCAGGCAUAUUGUGUUGCACUCAGAGCUACGGAAAUUUUCUGGCGAUUCUGAAAGUACCCCCGUUUCCCGCCCGAAGUACAAAGGUAAAAAAAAGAAAAAGGGUAAAAAGGGUCCUGAUCUUGAUGUUUUUGUUGGAGACGAAGAAGUUGAUGAAAAAGAGGUGGAAGAAAAGGCCAAGCAGCUUGUAGAUAGAAUAUCCUUAAACAUUCAUACUACAAUGUCUGUUCAAGAAGCCCAUAAGAGAAUGUCUUUGUUAAACUCUAUUAGUAAAAAACUGGAUGAGGAUACUCAAGAAGAUGAAACAGAGUUAUGUCCAAAAAAUUUAACUGGGGAAGAGCAAUCACCUGCCAUCUCUGUGUUACCAGCUUUAACAGAUACGAGUGGUGUUUUAAUGGAAAAAGUGGGAAAGGCAGAUGAAGGUACAGUAGAAGAGCAAAAACCAAAUGAAACUAAAAAUGAUAAAAAAGAACAGACAUCAGUUACAGAGGAAGGUGAUGAGGUGGUUGUUGAAAAUGACAAUGAUGCAGAAAAUGCCAGUGAAGAUAUGCAGGGGAUUGCAAUAAAUGAAAAUGAUUCGGCAGAAAGUGAUAGCGAGUCUACUGUGAGUGCAAUUGAUACUGAUGUUUUUGAUGAUGAAAUAGCUCCAGGUAAAGGUUUUCUUCAGGAUACAAUCAGAAAGCUUUCUGCUAAGCUUGAUGAAGAUUCUAAAAAAAAGCAGCAGGAAAAUCUGGAAAAGAAGCAAGAACCACAGCAGAAACCUGUAGCAGGUGAUGUGUGUACAAGUACACAAAAUGUCAAUGAAGAUGAUAGUGAUUCCGACACUUUAGUGAUAUGUGAAGAUAUUGAUACAGAUGGAAAGGAGAAAACAGCACCUGUAGAUCCCCCUCAGGCUUCAGACAGCUUUUUGGACAUCAGUACAUCUUCUGAGGGAAAUACUGGAUCUUCACUUCAAGAUUCAAUCCAGUCGAUACUAAGAGAGGCCUCUACAAUAAACCAGCAAACGCCAAAAAUGCCAAAAUUGAGAAUUCGUCCUGCACACCAGCUUUUGGACCCACGUCUUUCUCCAAAGCAAACCAAAAGAAAAAUAAGAACAGGAUUCUUUACAUGCUGUGUUAGAGGGUGUACUUACAGCAGUAUCAGCAAUUUGGAUUUGAUUCAACAUAUUAUUGCUACUCAUGGACCUUACAAGUGCAUUGCUUCAGGCUGCAAGUUUGUGACAAAAUCCAGGGAACACUUUAGUAUUCAUUUAACAGGCUGUCAUCCGAAGCUCAGUUUCUUGGUGUGUCCGUUUCAUUGUAAGAAUGUAUUUCGAAAUUUCACCGAGUUGAUUGAUCACCUGUCUGAACAUCAUUCUCAAGUAGGAAAUGAGGAAGAUCAGGUUAUGCAACCAGAAGAAGCAGGGAAGGAGAAGACCGAUUCCGAAAUUCCAGGGUUUUUACGCAUUGAGAGUGUAAGCACUUUAGAUCCAACUGCUGCUUCACAAAUGUUUGGAGAUGAUUAUGAUGGCUCCUCAAGUCAGCCUGUUUCCAGUUCAUCCCCAGUAAACUCUCCACUAAACCACCCAGUCUCUCAAGAGCAAGGACUAGCAAUUAGUACAUCUGGUGCAUCGGUAAUAAAUAUUGGAAAUUCUUUGGUUUCUGUUCCUAUUACCUCUAGUAUGACAGAAAGCAAGAACAGUUUUUCAACACCUGGACUUGCACAAAUUGGAAUAAGCAUGUCUCCUGCUGUAAUAACACCACAAGUAAGCACUAUGCCAUUCCCUGGAAGCUCACAUUCUGGAGCAGUUUCUCUUCUUCGGGGAAAUUCGGAAAAAUCUCCCGAAAUGAUAAAAAUUACUAUUCAGACUUCCCCACAGUCUUCUGAAACGAGGAAGCCCCAGCCAGCUGUCGUGACCCUUGAUGAAGAAGGAGCCAGAAUAAGCAGAUCUCACAGUGAGCACCCUCCACCCCCUGGAAUUGCCACACUUCCCAAAAUUCCUCCAACUGUUCCUGUCCAGUCAAUAUUCCAAGCGUAUCAACCAAUAGACAUUUUCAAGACUCUGAUUACCAAGCUUGCACCAGAAGUAUUUAAAUGUAUGUUCACUGGCUGUAUAUACGCUGAUGAUGACCCCGAUUUAUUUCUUCAGCACAUCUCAUUACAUGGCCAGAGCUCUAGAUGCUGCUACUGCCUGAUGGUAAUGCCCACUCCAGGAACAUUAGUUCAACACAUUAUUACAGAACACAGCCACUGCCAGUUCCAGUGCAAAUAUUGCCUUUACAGAGCUUAUACCAAGAUUUACAUGGGGGUACAUUUGAAAAACUUUCAUCCAUAUGAGGAACCACGUUACAUCAAAGUUGGAACUAUCCAGGAACAUCACCCUCCAAAUCCUCCUAUCGAUCAGUUUGUUCGACCGUACAGAUGCAACUAUCGUGAAUGCCAGUACCGCACAGUGGAUGCCGAGGCCUUCAAGACCCAUGUUAAUAUGCAUGGUCAUUUUGUUAUCAUCAGCUGUGACUUCUGCCAUGUGCAUCUACACGUUAUUCCUCUUAUUGAUCAUAUGCGUGAGCAUCAAAUGAAUGAAUAUCAGUGUCCAUACUGCCUUCACGGUGAUGCAGAGAAGGAACGUCUCCUUAGCCACCUGCUUAACUGUCACCCAGGACGUCCAGGAAAAGUGUUACUGCGCAAGCAGAUUACCUCUGCUGUUACUGGUGCAGUUUCUAAUACCUCGGACAUCAACCCAAGACCACCACCACCACCAAAUGGGGGUCCGAAACCAGAAAGAAGGGUCACUCCCAAGCCAGAAAGAAAGUCUGGUGAAAAAAAGGCUGAGGAUAUAAUUAAUUCUUCAGGUUCACCUGUAACUGGAAGUGAAGGCUCUCAGGCUGCACUAAACAUUGAAGGAAGAAGGAUGUCCAGAAGUUUGUCACGAGAGUUGGACAGUAAGUUGCAAGAUUCUGGGAAAAAUUGUCGUGGGGAUGAAGAUGGGAGUAGCUGUGUUCGGAGCCAGAUCAUGGGAGGUGAUGACAGUAUGUCCUCACAAACUGCAGAGAAGACAGACUUAAGUGGUCAUGCUUUAAAUCGCUGUGGGAAUGAGGGUUGUGAGUAUUCCAGUUUAUCUCAAGUGGAGCUGAGGGAGCAUCUUCAAGUUUGUGAUCUCGCACAAGAUUCCACCAUUCUUAAAUGCUAUCAUUGUGGUAAACAGUGCCGACAUUUAAGUACUCUCUUCGAACAUCUCAGAGUACAUGGACCAAAGAGAUAUUACUGUGGGGUUACAGGGUGUGAUUAUCGAGCAACAAUGGUACAUUACUUUAAAAACCAUAUGAAACAAAUUCACCGGUGCUCUGGAUUUAAACAACUCUUAAAAGAUCCCAAGAAUAAAGAUCCAGAAACUCAAGAGUAUGUAGUGUAUCCUAAAGAUGCUGUACCACUUAUUAGGGAAGGACAUAGAAAAAGGAAAAAUGAAUAUGCUAUUGAAGAUAUUCAUCGCAUACCACGUUCACAUGUUUCAUACCAUGAUUUAAAAUGUUACUAUUGUCAGUUUAUAACAAAGGUGAGAUUGAAUUUAGUCAAACACAUCAAGCUUCAUGAAAAGCAUCCUGACGGUAUUCCCGAGAGAUUACAUAUAAUAGAGGGCAACCCCAGCCCCAUUCCAGGAAAACAGCCUAUAAAUCCUGUGCCAUGUUUAGACCGCAAAGAGCUAAUGUUUGACAAAAUGAUGAACUUGGCUGGCAGUAGUUUUGAAUGCAAAAAAAAGAAGGAAGAUACAGAUUUACGAACAAAGAACCCCAUACCGCACGAAGAAUAUCUGAAGUUGCCAAAAUUUGUUCCAGAAGAAAGACUUUAUUCGUGUGGUAUUGAGGGAUGCAACUACCUAUCUUGUGAUGAUAUGAUGCUAAAAUAUCACAUUCGCACUCUUCAUGCUGAUGUCACAUCCUUCCCCUGUCCACAUUGUAAAAACCAUUCAAUAACUGUGGAGAAAAUGAGUUCUCACUUCAAAUUACAUGGAGACAGACUAUACAGAUGUGGCUGGUGUACUUAUAUAGCUUUUAAACGAAAUAUUGUUGAAAGACACAUGAAAGAAAAGCACCCUACAAAGAAGCUUUUUGAUUUUAUCAUAAGGGAACCUGAUGGUCCUGAUGCUGUAAAAAAACUUGAUGAGAUUCACUCUGAUGAUCAAGCACCACCAGUUCCUCCACCAGUUCCCCAAGAUCCUCAGUGGCAGUGUGGGCUAUGCAAGUUCAGCUCUGUGACUCAACAGGAGAUGGUGAAUCACACCAGCCUGAAACAUGCCAUUAAGAGCCAGUUCAAGUGUGGGUACUGUAGUGUCAGGUCAUCUGUUCGCACCAGCUUUGAUGCACAUUUUGCUGCCAAGCAUCCAACUCAACAUUUUAGGGUACUUUGCAUGUAUUACCGCUUGGAUUCUGAGGACAUUGAACCCUUGCAUCAAGGAGCUACUCCACACUGCCACGAACCUCUUUGGAAACGAAAUGAUCCAGAACGUAUUCGUCAUAUUCGUGGUAUUUUAAUAGAAGAUGACCCUGAAAGGAAAAAGAAUUGGUUGAAACAGACAGGAAUAGGGAAGCCAGAUAAGGACGAGUUUGUUUGUCCUAGAUGUGGCUCCUUCAAAACUGCCUGCCUUGCUACCUUCCGCUCUCACCUCUGCAGGGAGGCAGACUAUGACAGAUACCAAUGUGUGGAAUGUGGAGUAUGUAAUGCUCUCCUUCCUAGCCUACAACGGCAUUUUACAAAGAUGCAUCAUGCACCAUUUACAUCUGACUGCUAUCUUAAUCUUCCUGUAGAAGAUGAUAAAGAGGCUUGGGUUGAAAAGGUGAUCAAUCAUCAGCAGAAGCUAAUCAGAGACUGGCAAGAGAAGGGUUGUGUUGAUGCUACCUCUGAAUCUGUACUAUCUCCGUCAGUAGCAUCUCCACAUGCUGCUGCUGUCAGAACUUCUGGUGGCACACGUCGCUCUCUGACCAAUCUUAUAUCUGUCUCUUCUCCAAGUGAGAGUUCCCCCCAGCAAGGUGUUGUUCUACACGACUCUGGCAGUGAGCGUGGUCGCUUCGUCUGUGACACUUGUGGAUCAGAGUGCCGAUCAGCUGCUGGACUGAAGAGCCAUACCACUGCUAUGCAUCAAGCCAGGUUCAAAUGUCAUUAUUGCCCAUUUGCAAGCAAUAGUGAAGAUGCAGUAAAACAGCACAGCAGUGUCAAACAUCCCAAACUACAGAAUGAAGUACUUGAUGUAUCACAGCGGUGCAAAGUCCAGAAGAGUGAUGAUAGUGUAGCCAAUAAUGAGACUGUAGGAGAGAGUGACUGGGAGAAAAUUAAAGCUGAUAUUGAUGAUGAUGAUGAUGAUAAGAAAUCUAUAAAAGAAGAAAUACUUCAUGGAAAAACUAUAGUUAAAGUAGCCCAGGUUCCAGAUUCAAGUGGAAAGGGAAUACAUAAUAUAGAAGUGAAACCAGAUGUUGGUGAAGAUACUGUAGAAGAAUCUUCAGAUGUCACUAAGACAUUUAAGUGUCCUUUCUGUCCGUUCACUAUAAGUACUGCAUCAGGCCUUAAUCAGCACAAACGUACUAAGCAUGCAGAUACACGUUUGUUUAUGUGUUUACAUUGUAAUGGACGCUUUAAUACAAACAUUGAUGCACUUCGUCAUCAUAAAUGGAAGCACCAACAGUUAAAGCCAAAUAUUAACCACCUGGUUUGUGACAGGACUGAUGAGGAUGUAAUCAGAGGGGGAGAGCUUAGCUCUGCAGAAAACAGUGAAGGCUCUGUUUCAUCAAUGCCCAUUACUGGUAGAUUAAUCAAAUUAGGACCUGGUGCAAAACCAGUGAGAUCCAAAGCAAGAAAGUCCUUUACAAAUCCUUCAUCAUUUCCAGUUCCAGUAUCUAGUCAAGUGCAAGAAAUAUCUACAAAUGAAUUAUCAAGCAUAAGCAGUCCAUUUUCUGUACCAUCAACCAGUUGUGAGCCAGAGGUCGGUUACAGCUGCUGUCAUUGUAGCCAGCGGGCAAGUAGUUCAGCUAUGGAGGAGCAUAUGAAGAAGCAGCAUAGAGACCUACCUUACCAGGUACGAAAGGAAGAAGGUGAUAAGAUCUUCACUGAAGUAUACAUAUACAAGUGUAUACAUUGCAUUGCAGAAAGUAUAUGUCAUGCCCAAGCAAUGGAUCAUUGGAUUCAGAACCAUCCACUAAUCGAUUUUAAGAUUAAAAUGGUUUUACGACAUUCUGGAGAAGUUUCAAAUCAAGUAGUGAGUAGCACAACUGCUGAUAAAGAACCUCCACAAACACCUUUAGAUGUAUCCAAAAGUGAUCCUCUGUCGCAAGAUGCAGAUAUCAGUACUAGUGACAGUGGAAUCGGUGCGGGAUCUGCAUCUGUUGGCUCGAGUUCUGUCAUUACAAGCAGCUCCGAGAGUGUGAGUAUUAAACCAUUGCUUUUAUCAAAACGAAGAGGAAGUGGUAAAGACAUGAAAUCACCAAGUCGGUACAGUAUAGACACUGAGGAAGAAGAGACAGUUGAAAUCUCUGAUAUAACAGAGGAUGAGAAUGAAUCUCUUGUACAGUCAAGUUCAGAAACUGAAAAUGAAGAUUUGAUAUACAAGUGUGGGCUGUGUAAGAAGAGCAGUGAGAAGUUAGAAGAGCUUAAGGCACAUAUGAAAAAAAUCCAUGCAGAUAGACCAGUAAAAGUGAAGAAAUUACGAAGAGAAGUUUUUGAAGAGCUUUUUCGAGCUGAAUACGAAUGUGGUUAUUGCAGCGAACGUGGCCGUCACCGCUUCAUCAAUCGCCAUCACAAAUCUGCUCAUUCCAAAUUGCCUAUUAAAAUAACUCGCUUGCCAUCAGCUCCAAGAGAGAAUAUCUAUUUCAGAUGCGAUGUGUGUGGGCAUGUGGUCAAAAACUUGCAGUCCAUUCGUCAGCAUAUUCGCCGCCACCAUCCAGAGGCUGAAGAAUUUACAUUCUCAAAAUUGACUUUAGGAUCUCCAGUGCGGCCUCCUAUUAAACAGCCAUUUAAGUGCAAUUACUGUGGUGAUGUUGGCGAGACAAUUCAGGAAAUGCAUACUCACCAUGCCUUCUUGCACUCACAUCUGGAGUGUAGUAUCACAAAUCUUUUGGAUGAAGCUUUAUCAUCUGUUCACACUCCAUCCACCAGUCAUAGUUCUGGAGAAACAAAAUCUCCAGCAUUUGUACCUGUGCCUGCACCUGCAGUCAGUAAAAGCUCCCCAGCACAAAACAGGGAGUUGAGUAGCCAAAAAACUUCUGCAGGAGCACCAGUUAUCCCCAUGGGAGCACCACUUACCCCUGCGGUAGGACCAGUUGUCCCUGUGGGAGAACCAGUUGUCCCUGUUGGGGAACCAGUUAUCCCUGUGAGAGAACCAGUUACUCCAGUAGGUAAUCCAGUUAUUCCUCUAGGAGAACCAAUUAUCCCUGUUAAACCCCCAGUUAUCCCUGUAGUUAAACAUAAGAACACAGCUAGAAAAUCAAUGCAAGUACCUUUGAGACGUACAGUUGCCAUGAAAUCAACAACUAAACUGCAACCAUCGGCACCCAGUAGAAGUGAUGAUGAUGAUAAUGAUGAGAGUUUCAGUUUUUACCAGGUACCACAGUCUCCUCUUCAGCUAGAAAAUAUCUAUGCUUUUGUAAACCUUGGUGCAGGAGUUCCUAUGAGGCUCACAGUGCAGCAGCUUGGAAGACUCUUUAAUUUAUGGCCUCGAGUUACAGUCACCAAUAUUAAAAAUACCAGGAAGAUGACUUAAACCAAGUCAGGUCAUGUUAAUAUGUAAGUAAAACAAAUUGUCCCUUAUGGAUAGGAUAAUACAAAAUUUCACAUGGGGAAUGAAAUUACCCAUGGGAUAUUAUUUAGAGUAUUAAAUCCCAAAGAUUAGUGAUCAUUCAAUUGUAUGCUCUCAGAUGUGCUACAUGCAUGGUAACUUAAUAAUUUGACUGAACUAUACGUAUAUUUAAUUUUCUUUCAUGGGGGGGUCUUACAGUGUUGCAAAUUGAAGCCCCAAAUCUCAAAUUGCUUAGUGAUUUUGUUUAUAGCACAUGCACAGAAAAGCAUAAUUGCCAAGUUGCUUUCAUAAAAAAAAGAACUUUUAUAAAUUCUUGCUCUUUUAAUAUGUGAAAUGGUAUUUAACCAUAAAAAUAAAUGGAUUGUUUAUUCUUUUUGCAAAUUGAAUUAGAAUAAUAUGUCUUCCUCAAAAGAUUUAGUAAAUAUUACAUUCUUAGUGUAGACUGUUUCUGUGAUAAUUACCCACCUUCUCUCUUACCCCUCAUUUUCUCCCCAAGCCCUUCCCUUUCCUCUGCAUUAUCCUCAUUAAAUCUUUCUCCCUCACUCUGCCCCCUUUGUUUCUCGAAUCCUUUAAUUCUUUCUCCUCCUCUGUCCCAAUCCCCCAUAUCUGUGGUGUAGUGUGUAAGUAGGUCAAAGGAUUGUCUCUACCCUUCCUCUCUAGUUGUCUUUAUUUUGUUUUAACCACCCUACUAUUUCAAAACCUGCUCUUCUCAUUCCUAACCUCCCUGCACCUCUUCAAUCCUCCCAUCACCCUACUCCGCUUUCCCCCCCUCUUUCUCUUUGUCUCAUUUACACUCCUUUCUUCCUUCCCUCCCAAUUCUGACAGCUUUGUCUCCCUAUUGCUGUUUAUUUUCCCUUUCCUCUUUUUGUUUUUUAUGUAAAUGUCGGAAGACUGGAAAAAUUGCAUUUGGCUUAAGUCUGUAGUGAAUACUCCACUGCUUAUUCUAGUAAAUCUGGAGGAAACAAUUCUCAGUGAUUAUUAUUACUUUCUUUACUCAAUGCUUUCUCUUUGAAAAUAAGUUUGUGUUGAGUUUGCAAUGUGCCCAGUAAUAAAUAGUUGAGUAUUUGUAACACUUGAGUUUGGGGGGAUAUUGCUCAAGGCCAUUGUACUGUAAUGCUAUCUUUGAUGUGAGACCUGAACUGAAAAUUUUAAUGAGAAGCAAUGAAUUUGUAAGCAUGGCUGCAUAAGACACAAAUUUAAAGCAAAACAAUUACACGAAUGUACUUGAUUGGUUGACUGUGGUGUAGUUUUUGGCCUUCAUUCCUGAAAUAUAAAGUUUUCAUUAAUUCACUCUUUUUAUAACUAUGAAUAAAUUUGUGGUACAAAUAUAGGAAGUGUAAUUUAAAAGUUCCUAGUUUAAUUUGGUUAGUUUUUAUAUCAAGUGAAAAAUAGUGUUCCAGUUACACUUGUGUACUCUAGUACCACUGAAUGUUGAUGGCUCAUUAUAAAACAGAAAUUAAUGCAAUUUUGAAACGGUUAUUAGUCAUGUAAUUAGAUACCUCAUUCCAAUGUAAUACAGACUUACAAUAAUUUAUCAUUUUGUUAAACAACAUGUAAAUAUCAAGUAUGUCUUGUCCUAUAUUUAAUUUAAGGUUAUUUAAAUUUUAAAAUAUUCAUUAUUUAAGCUAGUACAGCACUAAAAGAAUUAAUCAGGUUCAUGAGUUGACUGCUCUCUGAAUGGUGCCUAUUAGCUCUGAGUCAGCUACAAUUGAUUCAUAUUAUGCUGUAUUCCACUUUUUGGACCAGUUUUGUGAAGCAGUUAACUGUAGGAUCAAAAUGGCAUAGAUGAGACAUUUUGUUACAAAUCAUUUAUUUAUGAUUGAAUGCUGUGUAGUUGGAAUUAUACACAAAAUUUACACAUUCACUAAUCAAGUGCGGCUCAGAUUUGCUUUAUUUCUUCACACACAAACCAUUCCUCUUUGUACCUUUUUUCACAUUCAUGACACAACUGUAGCAUCAUUUGUAUGUUCCAUAUCGUAAGGUCAGUAAUAUGAUUUUUCUGUACAUAAAAUAAAAAUAAAAAUAUUUUAGUUGAACUUG